AUGGAGGUCUUUCCAGGAGCACUUGUUGCCAGACUAUGCCUUGCCGCUGCCGCUGUGCUCGGCGCCUCAGUCACCACUGUUAUAUCGUCUCGCAUUACCUUCGAUCUGGGCAAGAUCGGUGGAGUGACCACAUGGGCAUUCUCAUGUACCACAUGGCUUAGUGUACUCACCCUGUGCAUUGAAACGCUUCUCCUUACUGCGAGGACCCAAUCAAUCGGGGAGGGCCGACGAGACGACCACAAAAUGGUCAUUGAUUGGGACCAAGUGGAUCGCGUGUGGUCGGUCACAAUAUGGGUCUUAUGGCUUGCCGACGUGAUUUCUCGCCUACUCGUCAUGGCCUCCGAAACCCUCAGGAUCCGACUGUACCACUUGAUUCAAGCGCUGAAUAGGAAGCUCGCCCCUUGGUGGAGAGCUAUCAAAGAGCCAGUGGUCCAGAUUGCAGCUUCGGUUGGGGUAUUGUUGUCGGGCGUAGUGGCGUCCUUGGGACUGCUCGCCAUGGGUCUGUUCGGUGUAGUCGACAGAAUAUUCGCUGUUGUGGGCCUUGGUGGGAUGAGGAGAAAGCUGAUCAGCCGUCUUGGAUUGUUCAAAGUCGCUUCUGGGGUUGACAAGGUUUUCGCCACCUUGGGCUUUAGUGGGCUCCGGCUACUCGGCGACUCGGGAUCCCAGGAACCGGAUGAGUUGGGUGCGAACUCUGUCGCGGACGAGCUUGGUCUUGGAACUCUGACUGGAGACACUGGAAAGAAUGGGGAGUCUGGCGGCCUACCAAUCGUCGGCAGUCUUACCUCGGGGAUAGCCUGGGCUGUGCAACAGCCGCUGAGGCCCGAGGGCAACACAUUGAGGAAGAGAGACAGUGUCGGUGGCGGCUGA